GGACAGUGACAAGACCCCACAUGCAUACACCUACCCCGGGCUGAACGGCCAAGAGCCAAUGGCCAGCGACAAACCCAAACCCUGUGAGCUCAACCAAGAGAAAUACGAUGCUGAUGACAACGUGAAGAUCAUCUGCCUAGGGGACAGCGCUGUGGGCAAGUCCAAACUUAUGGAGAGGUUUCUCAUGGACGGAUUGUAUCCUUCAAGGUUUGUGGUGUUCUGUGUUCCUGUGGUCCUUCCCCCCUCAUGCCAACUCAACCUCACUGUUCACCCCUUCAUUCCAGUGGUCCAGGGAGGAGGGAUAGACUUUUGGGACACAGCAGCCCAGGAGCGGUUCCAGAGCAUGCAUGCCUCCUACUACCACAAGGCCCACGCUUGCAUCAUGGUGUUUGAUGUGCAGAGGAAAGUAACCUACAAGAACCUGAGCACUUGGUAUACAGAGAUUCGGGAGUUCAGGCCAGAGAUCCCAUGCAUCGUGGUGGCCAAUAAAAUUGAUGCAGACAUAAAGAUGACCCAAAAGAGCUUCAAUUUUGCCAGGAAGUUCUCCCUUCCCCUGUACUUUGUCUCAGCGGCUGAUGGUACCAAUGUCGUGAAGCUCUUCAAUGAUGCGAUUCGAUUAGCUGUGUCUGACAAACACAACUCCCGGGACUUCACGGAUGAGGUUUUGCAGGAGCUUGAGAACUUUGAUUUGGAGCAGAAGGAGGAGGAAGUGCCAGACCGAGUGCAGCGUGGCAACAUCGAGAGCCCCUCCCCUUCCUGAGUCAGAGAAGGAAGCCUCUCUCCUCGUGGACUUUGGGAAGGGGGGUGGUAUCUUUCAGA